GAAGAGCAGAGCAGUGCGGAGGGUGGAGUGGAGAGUGGAGGAGGGAGGGAUGGAUGAUUCCGGGAUCUCCGAGGCUCCGUGUUGAUGAUGGAGACGCCGAUGCAGCGAGUGAGCGGCAGGAUGUUCAUCAGCGCCGGAUUAUUCACACUCCUGCUCCGCCACGUCCUGACCCUGCAGAUCCAGUGUUUCCAGUGUGAGGAGAACCAGCAGGAUGACUGUUCAUCUCCAGAGUUCAUCGUUAACUGCACUGUUAACGUACAGGACAUGUGUCAGAAGGAAGUUCUCAUCAAGGAGGAUGGAAUCCACUACAGGAAGUCGUGUGCAUCGUCGGGGGCGUGUCUGAUCGCAUCCUCGGGGUACCAGCAGUUCUGUACGGGGAAGCUGAACUCGGUGUGCAUAACCUGCUGUAACACCCCGCUGUGCAACGGUCCCCGAAACCGCCGACGCCCGUCCUCGUCCAGCGCCCGGCUCGGCCCGCCCCUCGUCGCUCCGCUAACGCUGCUUUGUAGCUUAUUAUCCCUGUGUGCGCACCUGUACCCGCCUACCUGUCCGUCCGACUGACCCCUAACACUCAUCGUGGUAAAUACAAGCAGCUAGCAUCGGGUCAGGAUCUUACAUUCAUUACGUUUUGAAUUUCACGCCGACGUCCUUUCGCUUCUCGCCGGUGGAAACUGGACCGAUGUUGCUUUGUGGGCGUGGCCGCACAGAGCACGUGUGCAGUGAGGAGGAAGUCAUGUGACAUUGAGCAAUGAUCGCGGACGUGAAACCAAUAAUAAAGUGGUUAUUAUUUCCUC